GUGUCGUGGGUGGGAAAGGUAAGUCCGCUUCCUGUCCUGCAGCCUUUCUUUUCCCGGGGAGAAACUGCCUUUUGUACGCCUGCUCCGCAUCGAGAGGAGGCGGGCGGACGCGCCGGUUCCCGGGAGAAAGUUGCGCUUGCGAGGGGCUUUGCGCCGGGGGAGGAGGUGGCACGCAGCCAGGAAGAAGCGAUGGCAGACUGUAACUUGCUGGGACUGGGACCAAGAGGAAAGCAGGCUGAAAGAGACCCCCGUGACUCCCAAAGGCCCCCCGCCAAGGAGAUUUCGACUGGGGCAGCUUCCCCACAGAACCUGUCUGAGGGGCUACGACAGCAUCAGGAGACUCAGGAACAGCAAAAGGGCUCAAAGCCAGCACCGUCUCCUUACUCCGUGUGGAGGCCGUCGCGGUUAUUUGAACCCGUGUCCACGGAGGAGAGGAAGGAAUUUAAGGCCACCUACCGAGCAAGGGAAGACAGUGGGCGGCUGCCCAGAGGAGGGUCUGCCAUUGCGGUGCAGACCUUGCCUGUUCUUGGCGGGGGAGCACGAGAAGAGGCCUACGAAGGCUCGGAAGUUUCCAGGGCGUUGAAAGGACCGAUUCCAGACGAGGACGAUGCUGACUGCUUGGAGAUCCACCGCCAGCACUUCCGCCAUUUCUGCUAUCAAGAGAUCGAGGGGCCCCAGAGGGUCCUGAGCCAGCUCCGCGAACUCUGCCGCCAGUGGCUCAUGCCGGAGAGGCACACCAAAGAGCAGAUCGUGGACCUGGUGAUCCUGGAGCAGUUCCUGACCAUCCUGCCCUUGGAGAUGCAGAUCUGGGUCUGCAAAGGCGGACCGGCCACCUGCACCCAGGCGCUAUCCCUGGCCGAAAGCUUCCUCUUGAAGCUGCAAGAGGCUGAGAGUCACGAACAAAAGGUGUCCGGACUAGUGGAAGAGGCAUUUGUUAAUUCACCAACAUCAGAGCAGGAUCCGUUGGCGACCAUGGAGAUGCAGCUCUCUACAGAGAACGAGGAAGAGGACGAGGAUGAGGAUGAUGAUGAAGAGGAGGAAGAGGAGAAGCCCCAUGAAGAGCAUGGGCAGGAGAACCUGGAGCAGGAGGAAUCGCUUCUGGAGAAACCCAGGCUUACCGAGUGGGGGCUGGCGCUGGACCGAGGUGGUAAAGGGGCCUACCUUCAAGGUACUGACAUGGAAGCAAUUCUCGGGAACGGCCGGGAAAACGUCCCUGGGAAGGCUUCGAAGCAAGCCGAGAGCGACAAAGGCUUGCGGGAGAGGAGCCUCCAAGAGGAAGUUCUCUGGCAGAAGAGGACGAAGGCAGGCUCUGAAAACGGCCUGCGCCUCAGCUUCCUGAAGAACCAGAAGACACAAACGGUGGACAAGCCGCGCCGAUGCCCGUCCUGCGGGGAGCGCUCUCACAAGAGGUCGUGCUUGGCCAUGCACGAGAGAGCCCCCGGCGGGGAGCAGCCCCGCAAGUGCCCGCAGCGUGGCAGGGAGCAGCCCCACAAGUGCCUCUCCACGCUGCGGCACGACGAAGGCCUCCGCGAGAGCCAGGAGGGGAUCUGCCGGUGGAAGUCCAAGAAGCGAGGGGGUGCGGGCAGCGACUGGCGGCAGCAGUUCCACCACCUGAGCGCCGACAGCUGGCGAGCGCAGAAGGGAGAGAAGGCGGCCAAAGGUUCUGCAUGCGGCGCCGAGAGGGUCCCCUGGCGCGCGGCCUUCCCAAAUCGCGAGCGGGCCGAGCAGGUGGGGAAGCCGCACCAGUGCUUUGAGUGCGGCAAGAGCUUCAGCCAGAAGGGGAACCUCAACAUCCACAAGAAGACGCACACGGGCGAGAAGCCGUACGCCUGCUCCGAGUGCGGGAAGUGCUUUGUGACGAACUCUCGGCUGCUUACCCACAAACGGGUGCACACGGGCGAGAAGCCGUACAACUGCUCGUACUGCGGCAACAACUUCAGCCAGCUGGCACACCUCGUGCAACACCAACGCAGGCACACGGGGGAGAAGCCCUACAGCUGCCCCUACUGCGGCAAAAGCUUCAGCGUCAAGGCCAACCUCAUCACCCACCAGCGCACCCACACGGGGGAGAAGCCCUACGAGUGCUCCGAGUGCCCCAAAAGCUUCGUCUCGAGCUCUGACCUUAAGAAACAUAAACGGGUACACACGGGCCAGCUCUAUACGUGAGGAUUGUGCAAAGGUUCUUCGCAAACCCCGCCCCAAAUAAUAAACUGUAGAUAAACGGGCACCU